CAGCAGGGUUGUUACGGUGGCGCGAAUUUCGCGAUUUUCGCGGAUUUCGCGAUUUUCGCGGAUUUGGCGCGUUUUCUGAUCUAGUUUUGAUGGGGUGGCGCGGAUCUCGCGCGGAUUGUUUUUCAUCAGGUUCGGGAAAAAGAAGUCCAAUAUUUUUACAAGAAUAUAAAAAAAUGAACAAGUUUCGGUUUCCGGUUCUUAUUGAGCAGAGCUGAAAUAGACUACCCGUAGUUGCAUUUCGUGAUCGAUCGCAAAAGUUAAAAUGUACUGUGAACCAACAAACGAUACUUGGGAGAAGCAAAUCAUUCAUCAUACGUCGAAAAUAACGUCGUUCAUGACCAAAGGCUGUACUACUGAUGUAUGAAAGGAAUGUUAGUUCUGAACACUUUGUUUCUAGAGACUGCGAGUUCUUCGGAAUCUACGAGUUUCACGAGGAAGUGAGUAGAGCCGGUUAUGCUUUGGUAAACAAUAUGAUCUCUACAAAUUACUGUGUAAAACAAUAAAUUACCGAAAUUUGUAAAUCGUUGGACAGGUACGCCACUGCCAACGCACUUUGUUCUUAACUAAAUAAUCUUUUUCUAAUAUAUUUACAACACAUAUUAUCCCAGUACUUCUGAUUUCCGGCUCUUUGAAACACAUUGACCUACUGCAAACUUUCAAAUGUCAAUUGUGCGUAAAUGUUCAAGUGUAUAGCACUAAAAUAAUAACUUAAUCUAAUUUCAAGCCAUCUGAAAUAUCUGCCUAUACUAUUUUCCGAUACUAGGAUUCCAAAAAGGGAAGUUUCAAUAAAAACGUAUUAAUGAUUGAGUUCUUAUUGGUGCCUUUCAACGGAUACCACGGAACUCGAAAGAAAACUAGACGUGUAAGUUAGAGCCAACAACAGUUAAAUCUUGUCAUGGAUGUAGCUUAUGUAAAGUCCAAGACAUGAAAAAUUCCAGCGGAAUCACGUUUAUGACAAGGUUUUACAGAAACAGCAAAAAAAACAUUGAAAAGUAUGCAUAUAAGCUGGGUUUAAAAUGAUGGAAAAAUUACCUACUUUUAACAUAAUAGUCAGUUUAUCGACUUAUCAAAAAUUUAUCUUGAAAAUAUAUGAUAAUUUCUAAAUAUAAAUUGAAAUAUUCAUCGAUGUUCAUUCGCUAUCAAUGUUAGAUUAGCCCUGCUUUGAAAAAUUGCUGAAUAAGUAAACGAUGCAGCGCUGCCAACUAUACCGAUUUUCGUACUCGAUUCAGGAAUAUAGAUAUGCUCUCUUAAAAUACCGAUGAUUCAAUUUUCAUACUGAUGAAUACCGAUUAUCAGUUUUUGUGUUUUGUUUUAUAGGGGUAAACUAGGUUGAGCGACCUUUUUCUUUGCUCACAAAACCAGUAUCCUAACUGAGUCGAUUUUUGAUUUUUCGAGAUAGAUAUUGUACAGAAAGAUUUUUCCGUCAAAUACAGAUUUUUGAAGAAAAAAAAAAACAGUUGGCAACUCUGAAGCGAUUUAAAACCAGAGAUGCCAGGUCUACAGAUAAAUCUGUGUUUAGUAGAUUUCAAAAGUCCUGCACAAAUUAGGCUAAGAACACAGAUUUCUGCUAUAUUACACAUAUUUCCACAGAUUUUCAAAGAUUUCGCAAUUUUACAAAACUUUUGUUUUUGAUCACCAACUCAUCUUGAGCUUCAAAUUUAAUAAAAUUUUGUCUAUCACAGAUUUUUUAACGCAAUGACCUGGCACCCCUGCGAAGUAUGUGCGUGAAAAAUUUUUCAUUAGUUUAGCUGCUAUUUUCUAGUCAUUCGAAUAAAGAGCGCAACUUAAGUAUUUUUUCUCCAAUCGAUAUCAUAUAAUGGGGAAAACUAAAUUUGAUCGGAACUGGAUGACGUUGGUGGAUCCCAACGGACAACUUUUCUCCGAUUACAUCAUAUACGACGAAGAAAACCAAAGUACACUUUUUAAAGUGUACUGUCGUAUUUGCAACCGUAAGAAAAUCACGUUCGAUAAUCGAGGAAUCUCUGCUUUGAAAGAUCAUGCUCGAAGUGCUAAACAUAAAGGAUUAGCCAAUAUAAACUCGAUGCCUCAGCAGUUACGGUUGAAAGCAACAAGAGAAGCUUCUGUUAAACAAAAUGAACCUGGCACUAAACCUGCUAAUGAGGCAAAUACAAUUCGGCUCUAUGCUACUAACGAGCAAAUAUUGGAGAAGGAAUUGAUUUGGACGAUACACGCUGUUUUGAAAAACGAGUCCUUCAAUUCCGCCGGAAAGGACGAUAAGAUCUUGCGACUCAUCGCACCAAACGACCUUAAAGGGUUCAAUCUGAAUCGGCAGAAGAUGACUCAUUUUGUUAAUGAAGCUAUAGGACCAUAUUUCAAAGACCUUUUCUUAAAUGAUGUCAAAGGGAAAUACUUUUCGCUUCUGUUCGAUGAAUGUGAAGCCAGCAAUAAGUUAAAGGAGCUUGGAAUAUUGAUAAAGUACCAUUCACCGAAGCUCGAAAGGCUUAUUAGUUUCCAUCUCGAAAGCAAAUUCAUAGGUAAAGCUACAGCGGAAGUAUUACUGUUGCACGUAAAUGAUGCUCUACGUAACAAUAAUAUGAGUACAGACUUCUUAGUUAUGGUUGGGCAUGAUGGACCAAAUGUAAAUAAAUCUUUUUCAAGAAAGUUGAACAACGAGUUAAUCAGAGAACGUGGGUACGGAUUAAUCUAUAACAAUUCUUGCAUAAUACAUACCAUACACAAUGCUUUCCGCUAUUCGGUUAAGAAGUUCGGAUAUGAUGUCUCGGAUCUUGCAAAAUACUUAUUUUAUUACUUCGAGGUUCCUGCAAAAUGGGAAAACUUUCAUAAAAAUUGCAACAAGAAACCUAAACGUUUUCAAAAACACAUCGAGACGCGAUGGGCAUCUCUUGGAGCAGCUGCGUCGACUAUACUUGCAAAUUUUGAUCAACUUAAACAACUCAAGCUAAAUAUUCAAAAAAUGAAUAAGCACAGUUUCUAUGAGAAAGAAAUUUUGAAAUUACUUACCCUUCCUGAUAUAAAAGAACAGAUAAUGUUCAUUAUUGAAAUAACGCAAGAAGCAGAAUCAUUGAUAAAAUUUUUGGAAACAAAUGAUUUUAUAUUGUUUGAUGUUUACGAUAAGAUUAAUAAGUUUAUCGCAAUGUUUUUGACGAGAUUCUACGAUCCCGAAAAAAUAGCAAUUGCGCUGGAUGAAAAAAGGUUACAGGAGGAUGAUCUCUUGAGCGACGAAGAUGUUAUUAUUUACAAAUCGGUUUGUGAUGGUGCUGGAAAUACCGUACAGUGGCCUACAUUCAAACAACGCGUCAAGAAACAUUAUUUCACAUUUGUAAAUUAUUUGUUCGAAAAAAAAAUUCUUUGCAAUUUUUUGAAGCUUGUUAGUUUUAUGAAACCCCAAAAAAUUAAAGAUGGGCAAUCGUUUCAGCAAUUGGUCGAGCUGGCCGAAUUGGUGAAUUUCCACCUUGACAAAACCAAAAUUUACGAGGAGGUGGUUCUGGCAAGUGUUUUCUUCAGUGGACAAAACUUCGAUUGUAUGCUCUCCGACCUCGAGUUCUACAAAUUGCUAUUUCAGCAGAGCUGUUGCCAGGAAUUACAAAAACUUUUCGAUAUAUGUUCUUGCGUUUCGCAUUCUAACGCGGAAAUCGAAAGAAGAUUUUCACACUCAAAAAUAUUGAUGUCUGAUGGAAGAUCCCGUCUCGGUGAAAACACAUUCAAUAAUGCAAAGAACAUAAUAAAUGGAAUGCUAUUCUUCGACAAUAUGGUCACUAAUUUUGUUUGUGAUAAAAAUCUCAUUCUUAAAGCAAAAUUUGCACGACAGGCUUACGAAGCGAAGAUGGACAAGAAAAGAAAUGAAGAAGAAAAUGCUCAAAGGAAACAAGAUGAAGAGGAAAAGAAAGACAUUCAGAGUAAAAUCCGACAACAAGAGAAGGCGCUGUCUCAGAAAGCAAAAGCUAAGCAGGAGGCGAUGAAUUUAAUUGAAAGAGAAAUUAAAAAGAUUAAAUCAGAUCAUCCGGAUGUGGCCUACCUUAAAAUUCUUCUUUCCGAGAAGGAAAAGCUUGCCGAGCAAGAAGAUAUUGAAGCAAAAAAAUUAGUUUCUCUGAAGUCUGUUUAGCUUUUUCAAAAUUACAGAAUUGUAAGCAAUUUAAUUUUCACUGUUACAAUUCAUCUAACUAAGAACAUCUAAAAAGAUAUAGAAUAAAAACGAAAUCAUUUUCAUGGGAUUUUGUAUGUUGAUUUAUUUAUUGUGUUUAUAUGAUAAACUAAUGGACAUUUUUAAAUUAUAUUCAAGUAGAUUUGCAAGUUCUGCGGUAAGUAUCAUGCGCAUAAAAAUUGUGGUACAAACGCUUCGCUCGAAUAUCGCGCGUUUUUAUUUUCAACUUGGCGCGGAUUUCGCGCGUUUUAGUGUUCGACUUCGCGCGGAUUUCGCGCGUUUUGAUUUUGAAAUUUUUCGUAACAA